CAGCACUUUCGCCUCAGUUAUCGUGGCCAUCUUCAUACGAUCGACAGUGUGAGUUUCAGACAAAGAUGGGUCAAAUUCAAAGCGAUGAAGAUGAGGAAGUGGAACUAGCAGACAUCCAGCCUCUUUAUACCAAAUUCAUGACGGUGUGCCCAAGCGGAGCCCUGCAUCUUCACGAAUUCCGCAAGAUCUUCGGAGUUCAGAGCACAUCAGAAGAUGAGGCUUUGUACAUGGAAACCCUCUUCAAAUCGUUUGACACAAACAGGGAUAAUGUUAUAGACUUUAUGGAAUUUGUAGCAGCAGUCCACCUGGUUCUGAGAGGAAAACUGGAGGACAGACUGAAAUGGUCUUUUAAAGUCUACGACAGAGAAUGA